AUGGCGCCCUACGCUCCGAAAGAAUUCCCUCAAAAGCAUGGCUGGAAAAUCGGUGGUAUUUCAUUGGAUGCACAUGAGACCGAGCUGCGCACGAACGGUCCUCCACCUCCCAAUUAUCUCGUUGAACGCCUGGAGCGGGGAGGAGGUGGCCCAAAGCACUAUUCGAUCUCUUACACGGAACUGUCCACAUCUUCACAGACUUCGAAGCGCGCUCCCCACCCCUUCUCCGUCGAAGGUCUGCAGAAAACUCCGACCCCAAAGAUAACUAAGGAGUUCGAUCUCAAUCGACCGGAUUAUCGUGGCGUCUUCCACGUCCCUAUCACAUACAAAGCUGGCCCUGGAAUCAAGUGGCAAUUUUCCGGGUCUCCGGCGGGGGCGCUUGCGGCGGCACUUGCUGCUCGUGGCGUGAAGUGUAGAUACGGUGACAUCACAAAGGUGGUUACAGAGGCGGACGUCAAAGCGACAUUUGCAUCAAUCUCCGCGAAAGAGACACAAGUAUCCGACAACUAUACACUGUACCAUCCUGCGGACCGCAACAGCCUUGUCUUCCCGGAUGGGGCCAACAUUGCGAUAGUCGCGCGAGCGUACAAGCACAGCUUGAUUCUCUUCUGUCCUUUCAUGAACGCUGAUCGCACUGGCUACAACCAUUUCUACAACACUCAGAAUCGGCCACCCAUUUAUGCUCGAUGGUCAACAGGGCGGCAAGCAUUGCUCUCGCCAGUAGUGCUAGGUUGUCUGCCAAAGUUCAAGUUGGCCAAGAAUCCAACCUAUGAAUUCAUGCAUGUAUGCAUCGACACUCUCUGGAUCAUUGCACUGGAGAAGAAUGAAGAAGACGACGAAGAGCCUAAGAGGCAACAGGCCGUCGCCAUGACGAUUCAAGAGCAAAUCGAGCUCAUCAACACCGUUCUUCCCAACGUGUACGCCAAUGACAAGCCAGUUUAUGAGAACAUGCUGGUGCAGUUAUACCAGAGGCUAUCAAAUGAGCAGCGUCAAAGCGAAGCCGAUGCUGAAGCGCCAGGGAAACGUGUUCGACAGGCUGGCUGCCCUAAGCCAAAACGUCGCAAAAUGAUAAAAAUCUUUGAAGACGAGAAAGAAGACGAUGACAACUAUAAGAUGUCCGGUGUUGUCUCUGUCGCACCGCCAACUUCACCAAAGGGCAAGGAGAACGAGGGCCGCACUACGCCAAAGAGAGAAACUACCUAG